UCCCCUCGCGGCAUGUCGUUGGACGCGACGGCUGGUUCCAUGUAGUCGGCGCGUCCUGGUGUUGGAAGAUGGCGGCUUUCCGCUACACUCAUGCCGUCGUGUGCCGCAUCCCCUUAUCUCUUCGAAGUCGCGGUGAAAUCGAGCUCGACGAAGCCAAGAAGCAGCACGAGACCUACGUGCGACUGCUGCGCGAGCUGGGGCUUGACGUCAUCGAACUGCCACCUGAUGAAGCCCUUCCGGAGUGCGUCUUCGUCGAAGACACGGCCGUCGUCUGCAACGGCACGGCGCUCAUCACCAGACCUGGAGCACCUCACCGAACCAAAGAAGUAGAAACAAUAAGGGUGGUUCUAAAAAAAGAGCUCGAUCUUCCAAUAAUCGAAAUGUCCGAUUCGAAAGCGAAACUGGACGGAGGUGAUGUUUUAUUCACUGGACGGGAAUUUUUCGUGGGUAUUUCACAAUGGACGAACGAAGCGGGGGCAAGGGCUGUGGCGGCGGCUUUUCCAGAGUACCCAUGCACACCCAUCAAGGUAAAACCAGAGAGCCUUGAUCUUUGCGAUCUGAGGCAAGGUCUGGUGCAGGUGCCAGACCCUAAACACCUCAAAACUUACAUAACGGUCGGCGGACCCGACUUGCUGUGUGUAGGGGCCGGAAAAGAAGCACAAGAAGUGUUGAAACGAAUGGAACGUGAAGCCACUUUCAGCUACCAAACGCUGACUUUACCUGAAGACGACGCAGCCAAUGUUUUGUAUUUGAAUGGGACUUUGGUGCAUCGCAGCAUUGAUGAAAUUCCACAUUCGUUUAAAGUUUUUAGUGAAAAGAUCGAUUAUCCACGCCGUUCGGUGAAUAUUUCGCAGUUAGCUAAAGCCUCGUGUGGAUUGACUUCGAGCUGUAUUCUAGUCAGAAGAUCGCGUCAUAUAAGAAAUCUCUAAAUAUGCUCACUUACUACAAAACCACCUCAGGUCUUCAUUGAAAGUCAAUAAUAAUUUUUUGGAUGUAAUAUUAAACACGGAUUUCGUAAAGGUGCACUAGCUUUAGCUUUGCUGGAAUUAUUAUUGACUUGUGAAAAUAAAAAUUAACUAAAAUGGUAGCAUUUAUAUAAAAACACUAUGUAUGUUUUUAGUGUUUCUUGUUGAUUUGUGUUUGUUUCCUCUUGAUAUUAGAGAUGUUGAGCAUAUAAAAAUUGAAAUUAUUUUAAAGUUGUUAAUACUCUUGUAUCAUUCCAUUGAACGCAUUUAUUGCAGUCGUUUCAAAAGCAAUGUGCAUUUAUGUGACAAUACAGAAAUUGAGAUAUUUUUGUUGCAAAUAUACAAGCUUUACGCAGUUUGUUUCAUUCCAAUAUUUGGAGUAUUAUUUACGAUUACAAUAAAUAUUGUGCUGAUUUUUAAUCUUAGGAAUAUAUUUUUGUAUGUUUAUUUAAAUGGAUGUAUUUAUACUAACACAACUAGAUGAAAUGUAUUGGAAACUAUAAAAGAAAAAACUGUUUGAAUUGUUUUUUUUUUGAAAAUCGGUUGACUCACGUAUUGCUUUUGUAGUUUUCAACUGUGGUGUUUUGUACAAUAAAAUACGCAUUAAUUAACAUCCAUGUUAGAUAUUGUAUACAUAUUUAAUUAUCCCGAAAUAGGUGUCGUCUAGUUGUGGAAUUAUUGUGAUUCAGAAUCUCUCUUUAAUAAAGCUAUUACGAAAUUA